UUUUGGAGAAAACGGCUUGAAAGACUUUAUUUGAAUCACAUGGUACAUACUUACUUACAUGUACUAUUCAAUAGUUUAUGGUUCUACCUCUGAUACAAUUCGAUAAGAUUAAUGUAACGUUAAUGCGUAUACUUGGCAAAAAUAUUAUACAUUUCAUAAUACAUUUUCUUUUCUGAUAAAAUGGCUUUGAAACACGUAGUUGUAGGUGGUGGUACAGGCUUUAUCGGAACACAAAUAAUUAAGUCGUUAUCUAGUAAAGGAGUUUCAUGUACGUGUAUUUCGCGAAUGCCUGGACCUAAUCGAAUAUCAUGGAACGAUUUAGAAUGUUACGGUUUGCCUGCAAAUACAACUGCUGUUAUUAACGUUGCUGGUCAAAAUGUACUUGAUCCUAAACAACGCUGGACAGAAGGAUUUAAACAAAAUGUUUUAAAUAGUCGAGUGAGAACAACAGAAUUCUUGGCUAAAGCUAUAAUUAAUACUAAAGCUCAUGUUUUUCUAACAAUUUCUGGAGUAGCUUAUUAUAAACCAAACGAUGUAGAAUAUACGGAAGAAUGCAAAUGUGAAAAAUAUGAUUUUUUAUCAGAACUUUGUCAUAAGUGGGAAGCAGCCGCGCAACUUCCACAAAACAGUACCGUCAGACAAGUUACGAUUAGAUCUGGAGUUGUAUUAGGAAAGAAUAGUGGUAUGAUUAAAAAUAUAUAUCUACCAUUUAUCUUUGGUUUGGGAGGUCCUAUCGGUAAUGGAAAUCAGUAUAUGCCAUGGAUCCACAUAACGGAUCUAGUCAACAUGUUCUUAUUUUCGCUUAAGAACAAAAAUAUACAUGGUAUAUUAAACGGGGUCGCUCCACAGAUUGUGACAAACAAAGAAUUCACAAAGGUAUUUGCAUCGACGAUGCGGAGGCCUGCAUUUAUUCCUGUACCAAGCAUCAUUUUGAAAAUACUUUUAAACAAAGAACGAGCAACAAUUAUGCUAGAAGGACAAAAGGUUGUACCCAAACGUGUUAGAGAAUUGGGAUUUCAGUACCAGUAUCCCGAUAUAAAUUCUGCGUGUGCCGAAAUACUUGGUAAAAAUAUUUGAAAUAGGAAUAGGUAGUUGUUUGAUA